AUGCAGCGUCGCGACGACCCCGCCGGUCGCUUAUCGCGGGGACAGGGCCCCGGUGGCCGCGCGCCGCCGCCGCGCCGAGCGCCCCGUGGCGGAGGGGCCCGCGGGGCCGCCAGCGGAGCGCAGCCGCCGUCCGGUGGGGCCGCAGGCGCCGGGAAGAUGGAGCCCGAGAACAAAUAUCUGCCCGAGCUGAUGGCUGAGAAGGACAGCCUGGACCCGUCCUUCACGCACGCCAUGCAGCUGCUGACCGCAGAAAUUGAAAAAAUUCAGAAAGGAGAGACCACAAAGAAGGAGGAGGAGGAGAACUACCUGGAUUUAUUUUCCCACAAGAAUAUGAAGCUGAAGGAACGAGUUCUGAUCCCUGUCAAACAAUACCCCAAGUUCAACUUUGUUGGGAAGAUUUUGGGACCCCAAGGCAACACCAUUAAGAGACUUCAGGAAGAAACUGGUGCUAAAAUCUCUGUGCUGGGGAAAGGCUCCAUGAGGGACAAAGCCAAGGAGGAGGAGCUGCGCAAGGGCGGCGACCCCAAGUACGCGCACCUGCACAUGGACCUGCACGUGUUCAUCGAGGUGUUCGGGCCCCCCUGCGAGGCCUACGCCCUCAUGGCCCACGCCAUGGAGGAGGUCAAGAAGUUCCUGGUCCCUGACAUGAUGGAUGAUAUCUGCCAGGAGCAGUUCCUGGAGCUCUCCUAUCUCAACGGGGUCCCGGAGCCCAACCGCGGCCGAGGCGUCCCCGGGCGGGGCCGGGGGGCAGCCCCGCCUCCCCCUCCCCCUGUGCCAAGGGGCCGUGGGGUCGGGCCCCCUCCUCCUCCUCCUCCCAGGGGUGCCCUGGUGCGGGGCGCCCCCGUGCGCGGGGCCCUGGCCCGGGGCGCUGCCAUGGCCCGGGGGGUGCCCCCGCCCCCGGCCGUGAGGGGAGCCCCUGCCCCCCGGGCACGGGCAGCUGGCAUCCAGAGGAUACCCCUGCCCCCGCCCCCCGUGCCGGAGAGCUACGAGGAAUACGGCUACGAUGACACGUACGCAGAGCAGAGCUAUGAGGGCUACGAGGGCUACUACAGCCAGGGCCAAGGGGAUACAGAAUAUUAUGAUUAUGGACAUGGGGAGGCACAGGAAACCUAUGAAGCUUAUGGCCAAGAUGACUGGAAUGGAACCCGGCCCUCCCUGAAGGCGCCCCCAGCCCGGCCAGUCAAGGGGGGCUACAGAGAGCACCCCUAUGGCCGCUACUGACCCCCAAAAACGGGGCCAAAAACCCCAAUUUAGGAGCAAACUCUUGUUUCUGGUUCUUGUAUCUCCCAGGAUUCCCGUUGCUUUACCCACAGCAGACAAGUAAUUGUCUCCCUGUUUUUCUUCCCGGCCCUUUUUUUCCUCCCACUCCAUCCUCACCUUGCAUUUUGGCUUCUGUACGUAGUGAUUUCUUGAUGGAUUUUUAAAUAGAUUUAGAAGGGGGGGAAAAAAAAACAACAACAAAAAACAACUUUUUUAAUUUUUAUUAUUUUUAAUUUUUUUUUUCUUCUUUCAGUGUGUAGAUGGCUUUUCUUUCUUUGUCGUGUUUAGGUUAAAAAACAAAAAAACAAAAAAACAAACUGUACCUUUUAUAAGGAAAAAAAAGACAAAAAAAAUAUCCUAAAAAGCGAGUUAAAAAAAAAAUGUUAGUUUCCAAAAGUGACAUGCUUUGCUUAGUGCUGAAAUUAAGGUUUUGUUAAAACUUUUAAAGUUUGUUUUAAAGGAACCCAUAAAGGUUGUAGUUGCAGAAUCCCAAAGUAGGCUACAUUUCAAAAUUCAGGGUUAUUUUUUAAGAAUUAAAAUCAUAAUGUAACAGUAGUGGCUGCCACCAUUUAAAAAACAAAAUACAAAAAAAAAAAAAAACAUAACUUCAGAUGCCAAACCUUUAAAAGGAGAUUGCUGGUGAAUCUUGAAGUUUAAAUUUUAACCCAAAGGAUCCUCCAAACAAAUUAAAUAGCAUUUUCUAAAGAGAAUUGACUUAAAAAGAAAAAUUAGGUUGGUAAAAAAAUUGACUUUUCUUAUGUGGAUUUUGAAAUCUAGCCCCCCCUGCAGUGUUGAGAUAUGCUUGGGAAUAUUUUUCCAGUGGAAAGGGGUUUUAGUUUAAUUCUAAAUUAACAAUUUUUGAGGGAAAAAAACCAAAAUAUGGCUCUGAUUACCCAGUGUUUGAUAAAAAGAAUAUUCCAUGUGUAGACCUGUAAAAUUCUGAUUUUUUGUAGCCCAUUGAGGCAGAAAAUGAUGAAAAUUUCAACCUCACUCUAAAAAAAUCUCAUUUUCAAGCAGUCCCAGCCACUUCUUCAAGUGUAUCUCAGCACGAGCUUUGCAUAAAAAGGGACACUGCAGCUGUAAAACAAAAAAAAAAAACAAAAUUAAAAAAAAAAAAACAGACAAAAAACAACCCAAAUUUCACUUUGUACAUAAAGAUAAAGUCCUAAUUGGAUUUGUUACACUGUCCUCCCACUCUGUUCUGGAAGAGAAAAAUGCAACAUUUUGUGUAAAGUCUGCCUAACUAGGUAGCUCAAAACGUGUCAAAAUGUCUGUCUCAAUCUGUCAAUAAAGUUUAGUCCUUUUUUAAUCAAA